CUUGCACCAGCCACAAGUCCAUGCUUUCCAAAGUCAACUGUGACCAGCAGACCGUCAACCUUCACAAUAUUCCUCCAGAACAAAAGCUUCCCCUCCACUCGCAAUCUCCUUCAAAUCUAUUCCCACCUUUUUCCAUUCUCCAUCUUUUUUGAUUCCAGAACAAUUUAAUAUCUUAUGAUCCACUAACGUCCGACGAUUGUUCGCUCGGUGCUAGUCCAAUUGUCGAGGCUCUGCACAUUGUCGUCACUUUAUAUUCCCUUCUUAGAACCUUUCCUCCCCUUCAUAAUUAUCGCCGCGUUCGCGUGAUAUCGAAUCGAUCUGUGGUCUGAGUGAGGACUUGGACCUGUCACGUCCUCGCCUCUCUAAUCGUCUCCUUUGUUCGAUAUCUUAAAAUAUACAUACAAUAAAUUCGCCAUGGAGGGUCAGGGUGAAAACGACGAGCUCUACCCUAUCGCCGUUCUUAUUGACGAGUUGAAGCAUGACGAUGUCCUCAUCCGCCUCAAUGCUAUACACCGUGUUUCCACCAUUGCGUUGGCCUUAGGGGCCGAGAGGACCCGGGAGGAACUCAUUCCUUUCCUUGACGAUUCUGUUGAGGAUGAAGAUGAAGUCUUGACUGCACUGAGCGAAGAACUAGGCAACUUCGUAGAAUAUGUCGGUGGCCCAGAGUAUGGGCAUGUUCUUCUUUCCCCCCUGGAGAACCUGGCGGCUAUUGAGGAACCUUUGGUCAGAGAGAAGGCUGUUGAAUCUCUCAACAAGAUUGGCGAGCAGUUGUCGGAGAAGCAGAUUGAAGAACAUUUCAUUCCUAUGGUCCUACGCCUGUCAAAAGCCGACUGGUUCACCUCAAAAGUCUCUGCAACCGGCCUUUAUUGUAUCCCAUACAGGAAGUCUGGUCAAGGAUUGCAGCAGAGUCUCCGGCAAUAUUUCGGGGGUCUGGUACAUGAUGACACACCCAUGGUAAGAAGACAGGCAGCCAAUAAUCUGGCGAAGUUCGUCAAGGAAAUGAAGACUCCAGUUGUCAUCGAAGAAAUGAUACCCUUAUUCCAAUACUUGGCCAGCGAUGACCAGGACAGUGUACGCUUGCUUACAGUGGAUAUUCUCAUUGCGAUCGCCGAAGAGAUCCCCAAGGAGCAGCAGCCUAGCCAUGGUGUCCUGUUGACAUCCUUACGGAACCUCUUUGAGGAUAAGAGCUGGAGAGUCAGAUACAUGGUUGCCGACAGAUACGAAAAGAUCGCCAAAGCCGUUCACGAAGAAGUCAUCACUCGGGACAUGGUACCCUCAUUCGUUAAGCUCUUGAAGGAUACGGAGGCUGAAGUCCGUACUGCGAUCGCUGGCCAGAUUCCCGGUUUCUGCAGCUUGAUUGACCGCGAGACGCUGCUUAAUGAAAUAAUGACUAGCGUGGAAGAUCUUGUUUCGGACCCAUCUCAGCACGUGCGUGCCGCUUUGGGCACACAGAUUAGCGGGCUUGCCCCGAUUCUUGGAAAGGAAGAGACUAUCGCUCAUCUUCUUCCUAUGUUCCUCCAAAUGCUUAAAGACGAGUUCCCUGAUGUCCGUCUGCACAUUAUCUCAAAGUUGGAGUUGGUCAACAAGGUUAUUGGGAUUGAGCUGCUGUCUCAGUCACUUCUUCCCGCUAUCGUGCAAUUGGCAGAAGAUAAGCAAUGGCGUGUCCGCCUUGCUAUCAUCGAAUAUAUUCCCCUUCUUGCCAGCCAGUUGGGCGUCAAGUUCUUCGACGAGCAACUCAGCGAUCUCUGUAUGAGCUGGCUUGGUGAUACCGUCUUCUCUAUCAGAGAGGCCGCCACGCAGAACUUGAGAAAGCUCACAGAGGUCUUUGGGGUUGACUGGGCCAAGGGCUCUAUUAUCCCCAAGGUCAUGGCCAUGGGACAGCACCCCAAUUAUCUGUAUAGAAUGACAACGUGCUUUGCCAUCUCUACACUCGCACCUGUCGUCUCUCUAGAUAUCAUUGAGAACUCGAUUCUCCCCAUCCUGGAUAGACUGGUCACGGACGAAAUCCCAAACAUUCGGUUUAAUGUUGCUAAGUCCUAUGCUGUGUUGAUCGACACAUUGCGACGCCUGCCGGCGGAGGGGACUUUGGCUGGCGUGGAAAAGGCCGGAAAGUCCGCAACGCCAUCGCCGCGGAGUCAGGACCUUAUUCAGCAGAGAAUUAUUCCCAGCUUGGAGAAGCUUCAAGCAGAUGAGGAUGUGGAUGUCAGGUACUUUGCAACAACUGCUACGGGCGGUAAUGACGAGAUCAUGCAGACUUCACCAUAAGCUGAAGAUCUAGCUAGAUAGAUGCUCACACGCUGUAAGAAGGCCUUUCAGUGCGAGUGGGAAAUGAUACACCGGCACUCACACUACUUUUGGGAGGACUGUCAUUUUGUUAACUUAGAAAUAGUCAGAGCAUCUGACUGGCAUGAAAUGGCCCAUGGCGUUUUCAAUGUAGAGUCUCUUUUUUAUUUCUAUAUCUUUGGUCCACUAUGAAUAAUCGUGCAAAAACCACUUAAAACCUAGGCACUCGGUC